AUGGGGGACUUUAGUAUUUCUUUUAAUGCCGUACCAAUAGGCAUUAACCUUAGGAAGAGUGCGAGCGUCGCACCAUCUACCACGUUGACCGGCACGGCCGAUGUGGGCGGCGGCGAGGACGACCACCGCAGCAGCAGCUGCCGCGGUAGCGGCGGCAGCGGCAGCGACAGCAGCAGCGGCAGCGACAGCGAGACGGAUCUCCCGGCGCUCUGUGGGCCAGAGGUCCGGCGGCUCGCCCGCUUCGACAAGGCGGCGAAAUUAACCAGCCGCCGCACCAGGGAGGACCCUAGCCGAAACCUGAAUUACGAGUCGCCCCCGUCGCCGACGAGUGCCGAAGCCCUGCUCGCCUCGGUGGCGAGUCUGCCCGUCAGCAGCACGGAGGAGUUCACCAGCUGGAUGCUCUCCGCGGUACUUCACCUGGCGGAAGGGCUAGAGGCGAGGGCGGUGCGAGAGUUGCUGUUCGAGCGCGCGGAGGAGGCCCACGCUGCGCGCCAAGAGGAGGAGGACUUCCUGCUGGGUGCGGUGGACCUCAUGCUCAACUCGCCAGACGCCUUCGAGACGGCUCUGGCGUCCCACGAGCUAAGUGAAUCCCCCAUAGGACCGAAGCGAGAUGACGAGAAGGGAGGGGAGCGGCCGGUGAGGGAGGCCAUCGGCAGCAUGAUGUGGGUGUCAACGUUUUCGCGUCCAGACGUCUCGUUCGCCAUGCGUGCGGUAGCGCGCCCCGCCCAUGCCCCGGCGAAGAGGCACUGGGAUGCCAUCCAGAAGAUCCUCGGCUGCUUUAAAGGGACGAGGGACCUCGGCAUCACCUACCAACGGGGAUCGGGGUUGGGCUGA